UUUAUUGCUCACCUUUCAAUUGCUUUAUAAAUACACAAUAUUUGUAAGUAUUAAGAUUUCAAAUUAAACCACUUCCCCUACAUCUUUUGCUCAACUCAAUUUGAUUCCAAUUUUCUUAUACCCAUCUUCUCUUAACCAUUUCUCCACCUUCUCCUUUGAUUUCUAAUUGACACGAUUUUCGAGAACACCACUGUAAUUACGCCACGUAAAUGGUUCAUUUUCACAUGAUUGUUAAUACUUGUACACGUUUUUCAUGCUAUCUAGAUCACAUUUAAUUUGCAUUAGUGUAAUAAUUAUUUACAAGUCACUUGGUCAAUGGUAAAACGUCUUUAGGCUUUUAGCCAUCACAUGAAUUUUCUUUUUUUUUUUUUUUUGAAACAGUAUCACAUGAAUUUUUUUAUGCUAAAGAUUACUUGCAUUGGCAACAUAAGCGUUACAUAAAAAAAAAAAAAAAAAAAAAAAAAAGGGUUGUUCUCAAACUUUGUUAUUAGGCUAUAUAUAUAUAGGUGUUGGCUAUUGCUUUUUUUCAAAGUGUAAUUCAUAAAUCAUUUUUUCUUAUAAUUACAAAUAUAUAUAUAUAUAUAUUUUUUUCUUGUGUUGUGAGACAAUGGGGGGUUUGGCUGAGCACAAUUGUGAAGUGUUGCUAGAAAACACAUUGAAAGUGAGUUGUAUGAAAAUUGGUGUUGAAGAAGAACCAGAGAUUCAGGCUGCUGUGAGAGUUUUAUUGGGAGGCUUGGGUGAAGACGUCAACCGCGAAGGUAUCAAGAAGACCCCGCUUCGUGUUGCCAAGGCUCUCCGAUACGCGACUAGAGGUUACAAACAGAACGUGAAUGACAUUGUGGAAGGUGCUCUAUUUCCUGAAGCGGGUCUUGAAGAUGAUAAAGUUGGCGAAGCAGGAGGAACCGGAGGCAUUGUCAUUGUUCGAGAUCUCAAUCUCUAUUCAAGCUGUGAAUCUUGCUUGCUACCAUUUCAAGUGGAAUGCCAUGUGGGUUAUGUUCCAUCCAGGCAAAGAGUUGUCGGCCUUAGCAAACUUUCUCGGGUUGCUGAUGUCUUUGCUAAGCGCCUCCAGGAUCCACAGCGCAUGGCAGAUGAAAUAUGUUUAGCUUUGCAAUGUUCCAUCGAGCCAACUGGUGUUGCUGUCAUCCUUGAGUGUCUUCACAUCCAUUUUCCUACUUUAGAGUCUACCAUAGUUGAUCCAUCCCAAGAAGGGUGGAAAAAGGUGGUGGUAUCCUCAGGCUCAGGUGUUUUUGAAAACAAAGAAGCUGGCAAUGAUAUGUGGACUGAGUUUUUCAGGCUUCUGAAAAUGAAAAGGUUGGUAGCUGACAGAAUUCAGAAGAGUAUUUCUACCGGUCAUUGGUGCCCAUCCCAGGCUCCCUCAAUCAGUGCAAUUCCAUCUGAUAUGGUCAGUGCAGUUGCUACGAUUCUUAGGACUUUGGGUGAAGAUCAACUAAGGAAAGAAGUUAUUGGUACUCCUGCUCGAUUCCUUAAUUGGCUGAUAAACUUUCAGACUCGUGAUUUUAAGAUGAAGCUGGAUGGUUUUGCAAGUAAGAUAUGGGAACCUCGGAAAUCAGAUGGUGAUAUGAAAGGCAACAUGAAGAUCCAUUCUGAGCUGAACUUGCCGUUAAGGUCACAGUGUGAACAUCACUUGCUUCCAUUCUAUGGAGUAGUGCAUGUAGGUUACUUUUCUGCUGUAGGAAUGACUCCUAUAGGGAAGACCAUUCUUCAGUCAGUUGUGCACUUCUAUGGUUCCAAGCUACAGGUGCAGGAGAGGCUCACCAAACAAAUUGCUGAAACUAUGGCACCUCUUCUUGGUGGAGACAUAAUAGUUGUAGCUGAGGCUAGUCAUACAUGCAUGCUUUCUCGAGGUGUUGAGAAGUUUGGGAGCAGCACAGUCACCAUUGCAGUUCUUGGUCGAUUUUCAACUGAUCCAAAAGCUAGGGCAUUGUUUCUGGAAAGCCUUCCCUUUACUGAGCUCUAGUCAUGAAUGAUGCUUUUAACAUUUGCUGCUUGUUUGUUUAUUAUGUAUCUUUUGUUGUAUCAAUUUGUGAGCACUAGUCAUGAAUGAUGCUUUUAACAUUUGCUGCUUGUUUGUUUAUUAUGUAUAUUUUGUUGUAUAAAUUUGCCCCUUGGAAGACAAUAGAGGUUUUGUGCAUAAUUGGUUAUAUCGUACUUGCUUGUGAUGAUUCCA